AUGUCCUUCAUCAUGUCUGCUAUCCCCACCUGCAUCAUCCUCAUCUCAUCACAGUCGUUUCCAUUUGUUGAACUGGCUUGGGACUCUGCCCAGGGGUCAAGGGAUGAGCCGAGGCCCUCCUUCCCAAUGGCAUCGCCUCCUGGUCUGGAACUGAAGACGCUGAGCAAUGGCCCCCAGGCCUCAAGGAGGCCAGCUCCUCUGGGCCCGGCGGCCCCACCCAAGGAGGGUGUGGAGAAUGCCUGCUUCUCCUCAGAGGAGCACGAGACCCAUUUCCAGAACCCCAGGGAGGCCGGACUGGGCAGCUCCCCCAGCCCCCCAGUGGGUGUCCCCUCACGGCCCCGAUCCCAGCGAGACGAUAUGUCCCUGCAUUCAGAAGAAGGCCCCGGCCUGGAGCCCAUGAGCCGCCCGGUGGAUUAUGGCUUUGUCUCUGCCCUGGUUUUCCUGGUGAGUGGGAUCCUCCUGGUGGUGACAGCAUAUGCCAUCCCCCGCGAGGCCCGCGUCAACCCGGACAUGGUCACGGCACGGGAGAUGGAACGGCUAGAGAUGUACUACGCCCGCCUGGGUUCCCACCUGGACAAGUGCAUCAUCGCGGGUCUGGGGCUGCUCACGGUGGGCGGCAUGCUCUUGUCGGUGCUGCUCAUGGUCUCCCUGUGCAAGGGCGAGCUCUACCGCCGGCAGACCUUUGUCCCUGGCAGGGGCCCCAGGAAGACCUAUGGCUCCAUUAACCUGCGAAUGAGACAGCUCAAUGGGGACGGGGGCCAGGCCCUGGUGGAGAACGAAGUUGUCCAAGUCUCAGAGACCAGCCAUACCCUCCAUGGGUCUUAA